AUGGAUGUCUUCUGGGCGGCUCCCCCGGUCAUUAGGACCCUUACAGCCUUGACUCUUGUUCAAUCCGCUUUAAUGCAUAGCGGCUUAGUGAGCUUGUAUUGGGCACCAUUCAUGCCGAGCAUGGUUUUCUCAUGGCGCCCACAGAUCUACCGGCUGGUCACUCCAUUUCUACUAACUGCACCGAAUCUCGGUUUUAUCUUUGAUCUCUAUCUCAUGUACCGCUAUGGCAGUGCUGCAGAGAAGAGCAUGGCCCCUGGAGAAUUCUUCAUUUAUCUCCUAUUCGUAGCUUUCAACAUCAUGCUCACUGCAGGUGGUUAUCUGGGUGCCCCUUUCCUCUUGUCACCCUUGAUCAUGGCUUUCGUCUAUACCUUUUCCCAGACGAACCGAGGAACGAAGACAAGAUUCUGGGUCGUCGACAUCCCGGUAGUAUUCCUGCCAUAUGCAAUGCUUCUCCUCAGCAUGGUGACGAACGGGUGGCACAGCGCGCUGAUAGAUAUCACGGGAAUUGUCGCUGCCCAUACGUAUGAUUUCCUCACACGCAUCUACCCGACUUUUGGUGGUGGAAGAAAAAUCAUCACUGUCCCCGGCUUCGUGCAGAGGUACUUUACCGACCAUGACCCCAACAGCGGAUACCGAGGAUAUGGGACGGCGAGCCGCGCACCAAAGCCGGCCGAGCGACACUCAUCGGCAUCAACAUCAGGAUCAUCCUGGGGCAGCUGGACCUCUUCGGGUUCUUGGAACGGCAGAGGUGCUGGCCGGAGACUCGGCGCUAAACCGCUUCAGGCACUGGAGCUGCCGCACUCGCAAAAUUUCCUUCGACAAAUUUUCGGGGUUUUCACCGCGCAUCCUUCAACGACAACCAACAAAAUGGCAGUCGUCAAGACCUCGGAGAUGGACUACGCCAUCAAGCCUGAAGCGUCCGUUCCUUCUGUUGAUACAUCGGAUUGGCCGCUUCUGCUUAAGAACUAUGAGAAGCUGCUCGUUCGGACCGGUCACUUCACCCCUAUCCCUGCUGGCUCCUCUCCUUUGAGCCGUGACUUGAAGUCAUACAUCAGCUCCGGUGUCAUCAACCUCGACAAGCCCUCCAACCCUUCCAGUCAUGAAGUCGUGGCUUGGAUGAAGCGGAUCCUCAGAUCCGAGAAGACUGGUCACAGUGGUACCCUUGAUCCUAAGGUCACCGGUUGUUUGAUCGUUUGCAUUGACCGUGCCACCCGCCUGGUCAAGUCCCAGCAGGGUGCCGGUAAGGAGUAUGUCUGCGUGAUCCGUCUCCACGACAAGAUUCCCGGUGGCGAGGCCCAAUUCGUCCGCGCUCUGGAGACCUUGACUGGUGCACUCUUCCAGCGUCCCCCUCUGAUCUCUGCCGUCAAGCGCCAGCUCCGUAUCCGUACCAUCCACGAGAGCAAGAACUACGAGUUCGACAAUGAGCGCCACCUCGGUGUCUUCUGGGUUAGCUGCGAGGCCGGUACCUACAUCCGUACCCUCUGUGUCCACCUGGGUCUUCUCCUCGGUGUCGGUGCCCACAUGCAGGAACUGCGCCGUGUUCGCUCUGGAGCCAUGGGCGAGGGCCCUGGUAUGGUCACUCUGCACGAUGUUAUGGACGCCCAGUGGGUCUACGAUAACAACCGCGACGAGUCUUACCUCCGCAAGGUCAUCAGCCCUCUGGAGUCCCUGCUCACCGGCUACAAGCGUAUUGUCGUUAAGGACAGCGCUGUUAACGCCGUUUGCUACGGUGCCAAGCUCAUGAUUCCUGGUCUUCUCCGCUACGAGGCCGGUAUCGAGUGCCAUGAGGAGGUUGUCCUCAUGACCACCAAGGGUGAGGCUAUCGCCAUUGGUAUCGCUCAAAUGUCCACUGUGGAGCUCACCACCUGCGACCACGGCGUUGUUGCCAAGGUUAAGCGUUGCAUCAUGGAGCGUGACCUGUACCCCCGCCGCUGGGGCUUGGGACCCACUGCUCUUGAGAAGAAGAAGAUGAAGACCGCCGGAACUCUCGAUAAAUACGGCCGCACCAACGAUGCCACUCCCGCUCAGUGGAAGAACGAGUACAAGGACUUCAACCUCCCUAUUACCGGAACCUCUGCUGUUGCCCCCGCCACUGAGACUAAGACCGAGACUGAGACCCCCAAGGUGGUCUCCCCCGAGCCCGUGAAGGAGGAGGUCGAAGACAAGAAGCGCAAGCGCGACGGCGAGACAGCCGAGGAGAAGGCUGAGCGCAAGAAGAAGAAGAAGGAGAAGAAGGAGAAGAAGGAGCGCCGGAAGUCCAAGCAGGAUGAUAGCGAUGACAGCGACUAG